GGACACCUGACAAAACUUUUGAACGUGGCUGGUCAAAAUUAUUAGAGACAGUUCGAGAGACCAACAUACAUACACUUCGAGAGUUGCCGUAAAUUGUAAAAACACACAACAGUCGUCAAAAUUGUGCAGAUAAUAGCUCGCGUAUAUAGUGCGGUAAACAUAAUAAUACUAUAUACUAUGCGUGGACAACUGUUGCUGAAGGGACCCGCAUUGGCGAGGAGCUUGAGCCGGUGCCGCGUAAGUGCCGUGCCCCAAAUUGGAUCUGUUCGUCAUGUGACCGCCGGCUGUGCAGCUGGUGAUACCGUCAAGGGCGGCAAAGGAAUCGUCUUGGGCCUCUACGAAAAGGAGUCGGGCAAGGGACCUCGAUUAACGCCUGCUGGCGAAAAGUUUGACGAUCGUGUGCAGGGCAAGCUAUCGGAAUUGGUUUGCGAAACCAAAUUAACUGGACGAUUGGGUCGCGGCAAGGUCUUCAACAAUGUGGACAGCGAGUUCAGAUCCAUUUGCGUGGUGGGCGUUGGUCUCGAAGGCAUAGCCUUUAAUGAACUGGAAAUGCUGGACGAGGGUAUGGAGAAUGUGCGCAUAGCUGCUGGAAUCGGUGCCCGAUCAUUACAAAGUAUUGGCUGCUCGGAAGUGCAUGUGGAUAAUAUGGACUAUGCCGAACAGGCAGCCGAAGGUGCUGCACUGGCCAUUUGGCGAUAUGAGGAGAAUCUGGCGAAGAAGUAUCGUAGCACUAUACCGAAACUGGAGCUGCAUGGUUCACCGGAUGUCGAGUCCUGGACAAGGGGCCUCUUCAAGGCAGAGGCACAGAAUUUGGCCAGAAGACUGUGUGAUGCCCCAGCCAAUUGUAUGACACCGACAAUUGUGGCACAGGCUGCAGUGGAUUCACUAUGCCCAUGCGGCAUCACCGUAGAGGUUCGCACCAUGGAAUGGAUUGAACAGCAACAUCUGAACUCCUUCCUGAUGAUUGCCAAAGGCAGUUGCGAACCACCCGUUCUCCUUGAGGUGGCCUAUUGCGGCACCGCACCGGAAGAUAAGCCCAUUCUGCUGGUGGGUCAAGGCAUAACCUUCAAUUCAGGUGGCAUCAAUCUGCGUCCUUGCAAGGGCAUGGAUGAAUUCCGCGGAGAUCUCACUGGAGCGGCAUGCAUUUUGGCCGCCAUGCGCGCAGCAGCUGCUCUAUCUUUGCCCAUCAAUAUAACUGCUGUGAUACCACUGUGCGAGAAUCUGCCGUCUGGAAUGUCCUGCAAGCCUGGCGAUGUGGUGACCUUACUCAAUUCCAAAUCUCUGGCGGUGCGUAAUAUAAGUCGAACAGGAGUGGUGGUCAUCUCGGAUCCCAUGCUUUAUGGUCAGAUAACAUACAAGCCCAGACUCGUCGUGGAUGUGGGCUCCAUGUGCAAGGGCGUAAAGAAGGCAGUUGGCGGUGGAGCCACUGGUAUUUGGUCGAAUUCUCACUAUAUAUGGAAACAAUUCCAGCGUGCCGGUUCCUUGACCGGUGAUCGCUUGUGGCGAUUCCCCUUAUGGCGCUACUACAAGGAUCGUGUGGCAGAGCACCUGAGCUUCGACCUACUGAACGAUGGCGAGGGAUAUGCCUCGUCUUGCCUGGCAGCUGCUGUUCUCCACGAACUCGUGCCCUGCAGCGAUUGGGCCCAUUUGGAUACCUAUGGUACUGGACUAUUGAGCACAUAUGGAUUGAUACCCUACUUGACAGCUGGCAGGAUGACUGGCAGACCGACCAGGACAUUGGUGCAGUUCCUCUACCAAAUCGCCUGCCCCGAACAGCCUAAAUAAUUGAUGUUCUGCGGAUGACUUCGAUUACGUUUUGAUUGGUUCUUUGACUGGCGACUCUUAAAGGCUCUCGAAAAAUGGAUGUUCGGCUCCAACUGUGUAUAUUUAUGAUGUGGGUUGACGAUGUUCACCCAACGUUUUAAUCUGUUGACCAAAGUCCCAGGACAAGGGACCAGAGCUCGUUCAAUGUUUGUAUUUUAUGUUUAUGACUCGGCCGCAUCCCGGGGCUGAGUUGGCUGGCAGAGAUUGUCUAGCGUCCAAAAAAAAUUCAAAUUCACACAGGAAAAUCAUUGUAUCAAUCAAUUAUAAACGUUCGGCAGACAAUCAAAUGUAAUAAAUUGUAGGGUCAUCUUAAAGGAACGAUAACGAUAACGAGUUUUAAAAAUUAAUCCAAAGUAGAGGUGAUGAUUUAAAUCUUUUAAGCCCAAAUAAGCACUUUAAUCUAGCUUUGUGUCUUUAACGAUGAACUAUUAGCCACAGCUUUGACCAAUUUUAUGCAUUUUUGGGUGGAAAGUAUACCCACUAAACUGCCGUCGAAGGUCCUCAGACGGGCCAUCGUCAAUGUCAGGCGAACACAAAUAGCUGAAUUCCACCCAAUUUGCAGACCACGUCUACUUUUGGCAUAUCAAUGAGGCGACCGAGAAAAGGAUGAGGAUGAUUGGAAAGUCUGGACUGACUGGAGUGACAGGAUAUCGAAGAGUUUAUGGCAAACUUUUCCGCACGUUAUUGAUGUCCGGCUCAGCUUGGCUUAAAUUUCAAACUUUCCCGGCACACAAGACGUCGUGCUUUUUUGGCUCGGAACAAUUGAAAGGCUCCAUCGUUGUAAUUUAUUUGUAGACUAAUUCAAUUGGUCGAUGU